AUGAAAAUAAGGCUAUUUUCACUCUUAACAGCACAUUUAAUACUUGGAUCUCUUGCAGCACAGUCCUGUGAAGAAGUCACAACAAAUUCAUUUGUGAUGGCUUAUUGUAAAAAUGGGUCAAAAUGUACGAUUGAAAAUAUUGGUGGAAACGGAAUUAAUAACCAAAUAUAUUGUGAGUGUUUAAUUGGAUAUAGCUUACCUGACUGCUCUCUUCAAAUUCCUGAAACCGAGGAUACAGACGAUAAUACCACAAAAAAUACAUGUUGGAUACAAGACUUAUUACAAUUAAACCAAGAAUAUAACAAUUUUUCCAAAUACAAACAUAUUUAUUCACAAAAUUAA